AUGACAUUGUGGUAUAAUCUGCUUGUAUUAGCUGGCACCAUCGCGUGUUUUCGCUUCUUGUGGGUAAGCUUUAACGCAAACAUUCCGAGUGCUGGGCCUCUAGCCUCAUAUUCGCGAUUUUUAUGGUUGUUUCCUCGUGAAUUCCGGGGUUCAAUAACCCAGGAUCUUCCAGAUCUUCAUGAAAACCUAGGACCCCUGAUUCGUAUUUCACCGAACGAGAUAUCAUACUAUUCGCUCAGUACGUAUGAGAUAGUCCAUGGAGCUGGAAGCAAAUUCAGAAAAGAUCCUAAAGCCUACGGAGCCUUUGUCCAGGGUCAUCACCCGGCACUUUUCUCUAUCAUUGACUCGAAUGAGCAUUCUAAAAGACGGCGACUCAUGGGCCAGCUUUAUAGCCGGAGCAAAAUUUCCAAUCUCGAAGGAUUAAUGACCCAACAUGUCUCACGUUGGAUUAAAUGCCUGGGUACAAAGCACUCCAAAAUUGACCUAGGGCCAGCUUGUAGAGCCUUGGAGGCUGAUAUUGUUUCCGAAUUCAGCUUCGGCAUGGCCAUUGGCGCUAUUAACGCCUGGAAUGAUGGGAAGGAAUUGGCCAUGAAAGCGGUCAAUGAUGAAAUGGCAACAUGGAUGCCACUUCUGGUUCAUAUGCCUGUAUUGUUCGAUAUACUGAGUUCGUUGCGCUCCAUUCUCAAAUGGACUACGGGAUAUCAAGUUCCACACAACCGGCAUAUUCUUGACUUCCGUAAUUGGGCUGAGAAAGCUUGGUCUAGAGCACUCUUGGAAGAGAACCCAUUCCACCCUAACUUGAUACAUACGUUGACAAAAUCCGGUCUACCUCCCAAAACAGCACUCUCUGAAGCUAAAGAAAACCUGGGCCCAGGGACGGAUACUACUUCUGCGACUCUCGCGCACAUCAUUUGGGCUCUUGCUCAUAAUAUUGAAUUCCAAGAACAGUUACACCAAGAUCUCAAAACCAUCGAAUUCUCUACAUCCAUGUCCAGUCUAGAAGCGGUACCAAAAUUACGAGCCUGCGUGAAGGAAGGUAUUCGUUGGACUGGAGCCGCUGCGGUGAUGUUGCCUCGAGUUGUUCCACAAGGCGGAGUCGAGCUGCAUGGCAAGUUUAUCCCCGAAGGGGUUAUUCUCUCAUCCUCUCCAAUUUGGUAUUUAAGAGACUCCAUUGCGUUUCCGAACCCUACAGAAUAUAAUCCAUAUCGAUGGCUCACGCCAGACGGGUGCGAAAAUAGCAAGAAUCAGUUGAGAGACGACUUCUAUAUACCAUUUUCAAGAGGAUCAAAUACGUGUAUUGGAGCCCAGUCAGCCGAGGCUUCUGCAAAAGUACACAGAUCAUAUAGGAACAACAAAUGGUUGGAUACCUGUGUCGCUUCCAUCAAGAAAAGAAUGGGUGGCUGCUGUCCCGAUAGAUCCUUUGGUCAUUACGCUGACUACGAGGUGAAGCAAACCUCAAUGGAAAGGACAGGCUGUAACUGGUUACCAGGAGGGUUAAAUGACAUCAAUUAUUUCACAACCAUCGAUAACCAUUGCCUAGUUAUUUGCAGAGUUCUAAAUCCCAGUUCUUUCCCACUGUCAUUUUUCUCACGUAGUAGUCAAUCAAUCGUCCUAGUCAUUAGUAGGAGGGCUUGGUGGUUAGGCGAUUUAUCUACACCAACUUGUGAGCUAUUACAUGGUCAGUUGGGCGUGGUUUUUACCAUGUGUACACUCCGCCUACCGCAAGGCCUUCAGAUGUUCUUCGAUAGGUAA